GCUAGCUCUUCACUCAUUCGAUCCGGUCAUCUGCUGCUUUGAGGGGUAUACAACGGACUUCACGUCGAGAACAAAGGUGCCCUUUCACGACUUGGUAGUAAACGAAAAGAGCGCUUGCAUCGACGGUCAUCACAGUAUUUGCCUCCCGAAAGAUCAUUUCAAGAUGAACAAAUUCUACGGACCGGAUGAUAUGUCGUUCAAACUCGUGUACUCUGAGAUCGAGAAAUUGGCUCAAAACGCUGAAAAGAUUCUUGGGCGCCGCCGGUCUCCAAAACCUAUCCCGAUGGAUCCAAGUGCUGUGUGCAAUGACAAAUUGCGACAAUGCACCGUGCAGAUGGAU